ACAUAAAUUGACAUGAUAUUUUACUAAGACUACUAUAUAAAUGUGAAUGUGCAAUUCAAAUUUUAAAAACAUAGAACUAAAAAUGGCCUCAUCAACAAUUCUUUCAAGAAAAUUCAUUAAGCCUUCUCCCCCCACCCCUUCUUCACAUAGACAUUACAAUCUCUCAUUUAGAGAUCAAACAGCUAAUAAUCUAUAUUUACCAAUUGCUGCCUUGUACUCUAAACCUGAAAAUCACACCAUAACUCAAAUAUCCAAUAUUCUUGAAAAUUCCCUUUCAAAAAUAUUAUUCUUUUAUUAUCCCUUCGGGGGACGUAUCAAGGAUAAUAAGUAUGUUGAUUGCAAUGAUAUAGGCGCUGAGUAUUUUAAUGUUCAUAUCAAUUGUCAAAUGUCUGAAAUACUUAGCAAUCCGUAUAAUGAUGCUAUUGAGAUAGUGUUCCCACAAAAUUUGGCUUGGGGUAAUUCCUUAUCAGAAGAAAGAAGUAGCCUUCUAGUGGUCCAAUUGAGCCAUUUUGAUUGUGGUGGAGUGGGAAUAAGUAUAUGUCUAUCCCACAAGGUUGCUGAUGGGUAUAGCGGGUGUAAGUUCCUUAGUGAUUGGGUUUCUAUGGCUAGAGACGAUCAUAAAUUAAAUUUCCAACUAUCUUGUCAGUUUGAUGGAGCUUCCUUCUUUCCACCAAUAGAUAAUCCUCCACCUAUGCCUAAUGUUGUGCCUGAUCCAGAACGAUGUGUGUCAAGAAUGUACAAUUUGUCAUCAUCUACCUUACUCAAACUCAAGGAUAUUGUUGUUUCAACAAAUCCACAAAUACAAAAUCCAUCUCGCAUUGAAGUUGCCACAGCACUUUUUCAUAAGUGUGGGGUUGAUGUGUCAAUGGCAAAAUCAGGCGUGUUUAGACGAACUGUGUUAUUCCAUGUAAUGAAUUUACGCCCUCCUAUUCCAUUCAACACAAUAGGAAAUGCUACUUGUUACUUUAGCACAAGAGCAAUGAGUAUAGAUAAAACAACGUUACCAAACUAUGUUGGUGAGUUACAAAAGGCUAAACAACAAAUUCGAUACGAAUUGAAAGAUAUGAACACAAAGGAACUAGCCUUACAUGCAAUCGAAAAAAUUAAAGAGAUUGUGAACAUAGCAAAGGAUGAUUGUUUUGACAUGUAUUUUUGCACAAGUUUGUGCACUUUUGGGUCACGUAAGAUUGAUUUCGGAUGGGGUAGCCCCCUAAGAGUGACUCAUGUGAAAGAUCCAAUGAAAAAUAAAUUUAUUUUCAUGGAUGAUCCAAGUGGUGAAGGAAUAAAUGUACUAAUCACUUUGACUGAGGCUGAUAUGUUACUAUUUGAGAGUAACAAAGAGCUUCUAGAGUUUGCUUCUCCCGUUGUCCAGUCACUAGAAUAAGAUAAAACUCCGGGAUUCGGAGUCGUCUUUGUUAGGGAGCGCUUUACUCGCUAAUAUGGACUUUUCAGUGUGAAUCUAAAUUUAGUCGGACUCUACUGGGUAGGAAAUAAGCCAUAAUGCAUGUGUGUUUGUUUAUUUAUUUAUUAUUUUGAGAAUAUGUUAUAAUUGUAUUUGUAAAACACUUGUUACAUUUUUAUGAAUUGAUUUUUUCGAAUAAAACAUCUGAACGUAAACAUAAAUUUAGUAUUCGGAAGUUUUGAAAUGCUUGUACUUCGAACUAUAUUUCAUUUUGAAUG